AGCAAGAAAACACAAACGUACACUCUCUCUCUCUCUCUCAUCUUCUCUCAUCUCCAGUCACGCUGUGUUUUCUCUCUCCUAAAAAAACCCAAAUUCUUCCUGAAUUGCCAGCGCCAUUCAUCCAGAAGCCCAAAGAGGCUUCACCAUCCAAUGAAUUGCCCUCCCACAGAGCCUCAUUUCAACACUUAAGGCUCAGGAAUUGAGUUCAUUUUGCUUGUAAAUUCGCAGGAGAAGUUGUAAAAUGCUGGAAGCUGCUGCAGUGGUGAGCAAUGGCGGAUUCUCUCCUCACUCAUCGCAUCUGCACAGCUGCGGAGAAAGCUCAGAGGAGGAGCUUUCUGUUUUGCCGCGCCACACCAAGGUUGUUGUCACAGGCAACAAUCGCACAAAGUCGGUGCUGGUGGGGCUUCAGGGCGUCGUCAAGAAAGCUGUUGGCCUCGGUGGAUGGCAUUGGCUGGUCCUCACUAAUGGUAUUGAGGUGAAGCUGCAAAGGAAUGCUCUAAGUGUUCUUGAACCUCCUACGGGGAACGAGGAAGAUGACUACCUUGAAAUCGAACACGAGCAGUGGAAUGGCUCGGAUAUUGCGUUCGACGAUGCUCAUAAGUCCCAUAGGUCGAGGCAUCGUAUGCACCGUUCGUCUAACAGGACUCUCCGCCGGUCUCUCUCCUCCGACUCUCAGCUGAAGGAUUCUGUUUCUACAGCAAAAGUGUCCGCGGUUGAUCUCAGCAAACUCGAGAUGGCUGCGCUAUGGAGAUAUGCAUUGCAUUUUAACCUUGUGGAUACAAAUCCUAACCCUUCUAAGGAGCAACUGAUCGACGUUGUCGAGAGGCAUUUUGUUUCACAGCAACUGGACGAGCUUCAAGUGAUUGCAGGGUUCGUGAAGGCAGCAAAGAGACUGAAGACAGUGUGCAAAUGAUGAUGGUUCGGAUUGGAUGCGGGCUGACCCUAACAAAGUGGCAAUACCUUAAAAAAACUUGUGGGAAUGGAAUGUAUAUGUUUAGUAAUGGUGUGUAGAUAAAGAUCUGUGUAGAUAUAUGCGUCGGAACUGACUUGACUCAGAGUCCUAAGAAAGAGGCCAUAUCCCAAACCAAAAGUGGGGACUUUUUGUCGAGCCUGUAUAGGCCCCCACCCACAGAUAACACCUUAACCCUUUGAAUGGACCUAUUGUUAUCUCUCUAGUGUGUGUAUAUUCUGUCAAAGCUUAUUACAGUGUGAGAGAGAGAGAGAUUCAGGGGAAUUUUCUUGGCAGUGGUGUGUUUGUAAUCCACAUGUCACUUUACCAGAUGGUCUUCAUUAGGCUCUUACUUUUGGUUGUAUGAAAGCAUAUCACAAAAUUCAAAAUAUUAAUUAUAGUAUUGUCUGUA